AUGAUGCGUGCCGCUUUCUGUAUCCUUGCCUUCGUCGUUUCAAUCGUCGCUGUUCUCGGACAAGAGUAAGUUUGGGUGUGUGGGCAACGAAAAAACUGGGGUAAUAUCAGUCUGUCGGGAAAAUAAUGUUGACUUGUCGCAGCAAAAGAAUUGCCCUCGCAAAGCGAUGAUCGGCGAUUCCAAGGCGCGACAAAUCCACAUUAUUUUCCUGACAGACUGACAUUUAUACGUUAUCCACAACCCUUCGUAUAGUUAGGGCCUUAUAAGACAAGAAUGGCACCUCAGCUGCACUUGCAAUCAAAAAUAAGGACCUUCCAAAUGAAGGCAUUUAUAAGCGACUGAAACUUUGAUCCAGAAGUCUUCGUUCUACCGAGAAAAAAUAGUAGUCACUAAACUCUCUAAAAAUAUUGCCACCUUCAAAAUUUUCCGCAAAAUUUAAAAAUUUCCCAACAAUUUUGCAUUUUGUAUGCGAUGUUUAAAUGCUCAACUAACCGUAAUGUCAUACCGUCCAAAAUGUCCCAGGAUAUUUCAAUCCAUUACAAAAUGGGCUACAUUAUCCUCUCAUUAGCCAGCUAAACUAGAAUUUAGAUGGUCAUAGUGAAGCGUCAAGUUCCAAUUACCCCAUCUAAAUUUGGCGAUUGUAUCCGUGACCAAAGUAUUUUCAAACACGUGCGGUUUGAAGUGCCUCACGUUUUGGGUUGUGCAGUGUGUAAAAAUAGAAAAACUUUUAUUCACAACACUUAUGUUACCGUAAUUUAUUGUGAGAUUUUUUAGCAACAGCCGAUUUUUCAAACCCAGUUAUCCCGUGCGCAACGAGUACCCUCGAAAGUAAGUUUACAGCGAUUAUACUGUUCACAUGAGUUGGCUUUUCAAGCAGCGACCAUUAGUACGCUCGGUACGUGCGUCACAAAAUUUGAUAAGAUGAACUACUUUUUGCAAUAUCUAGUUCGCCGGAGGGCUGAGUGCAAAUUUACGUAUAAAGUGUGUCUUGCCAAUUGCUAAGAAUGUUUUUAAAUCCCGAGGUAUGUAGCUAAUACAAUGCGGAUUAGUGGGCUAGUCGGGUAAACAAUUAUCGUUAAUUAGUUAAAAUUAGAAGUAAUGGAUGACAAACAAGCCGAAAGUAGAGUACUACGGUAAUGUCGCUGAAUUUUUCGUUUUAAACUUGAGCCUUAACUUAACCGCAGUGCUCGAACUAACAAGGGAAGUACUUGAAGUGUGACGCUCAGAUUUUGAUGAAACUUGACACAAAUUUAGAAUAAUUUUUUCUAAGAUAUAUGCGGGAAUCCUAGCUCGCGCUUUGCAGAAACAACCGAGAUUUUUAGAUCGAAAGUCGGCGAAAUUUUAGGGCUUUUUGCCGAAUUUCGGCACGAAAAGUUUCAUGCCUAUUUCAACUGUAAAGGAUAAUGUUUCUACAAAAAAUCAAAUUUUUCCGCACGAAACUGCCAAAGUUAUGGCCAAAAAACGGUUUUCUCUCUGACCGCUCUCCACGUUGAGCGUGCUCUCUCGGCGGCAAAAAUCGUUCGAUAUCUCGGCGGCGCCCGCAAAGCGCGAGCUAAAACUUUCAGGAAUUGAUAUUUAGUCCAUACCCGACGUGUGUGCAAAUUUUAAAGAAAAUCUGAGCGUCACACUUGAAGUACUUCCCCUGUAAGCUUCUUGCGCCAACGCUAAAAUAUCGGGUUUUUAUUUUGUUUGCCAAGCCGUAAAUACGCAAUUUAAAAGUAGCCAAAAGGCAAUCUAAAGCAGCCACUUUAUCAUAUCACUUCUGCCUUGAGUUGUUUGUUAUCCAUUCAUUUAAUUUUAAUUGAAAAAAGUGUGACUCGACUAGUCAUCAUGUUAAUCCGAUGUGUCCUAAUUAAAGACCCAAGGAUUUAUAAAAAAUUCCAAAACAACUUGUAAAAAACACUCGAUUAUGAAAUUUACUUCCGGCCCCUCGAUUAUCGAGGACUUCAAAAAAAAUAGUUACGGCCUAAACAUUUUUUUAUUCGGUAAAACUCUUUACAGCGCUGUCAGCAAAAUGUUUUUGAAGUCUAUUUCGAUAGAAAAGACAAUUUCGGAAGAAAAGACAGCUAUGACUUUCAAGGGGUCCCUUAAAAUCAUACAGCUAGAACACUUUGCUUCCUCUAGUCACAAGUUCAAAGAUACAAGCCACUCUUAUUACUCAUUUUAAUGAUCAUAAAUCAAACAGCCUUCCCAAAUUUCCUCAGAAUUCAUAACUUCCCAUGCAAAUGCCUCCUUUAAUCUCUGGCACACUAUUAAAAAGUAGAACGACAUUUAUAAUCCGGUCAACCCGAAAUUUUUGAAACAAAAAAGGUCCAAAAUUGUCACACCCGGAGAUAAUACCCUUCUCGUGGGUGGAUCUAUAGUUACUGCGAGGUCGAUGACGAGUUAGUGCACUAGACAUGAGUGGGUAAUGAUUCUGUCAUCUAUAUACGUAGGCUGUACAAAAACGAAAUGCGGAGAGUGAUACGUCUGGGUAAUAGGAUGACGCAGAGGACAAGUACAAUAUGGAAAAUGAAACGAAAUAGUGAAAUUAACCCUUUUCGUAUGCAAAUUCCCAAAAUCCUUUAUCUUUUCAGUGAGGGACUUGAUCCAGUGGCAAAAAAAGGUAUCAUUUUGCAUCCGGGAAGUAUCAAAAAUGUGGCAAAAUGCCUCCCACUCCAAGUGAAAAAACUUCGUUUUGAAGGGAGCGCCCUAUCUCCCACAAAAAGAGUGGGCGCGAAUCGGAGUUUUUUCACUUGGAGAGGGAAGUAUUUUGCUGCAUUUUUGAUACUUCCGGGAUGCAAAAUGGAACGUUUUUGGCCAAUGGAUCAGGACCGCCACUGUAAUCAUAUAUAACUUAACCCCCAGAUCUAAUCUAAACUUUUCCAGGCUCUACGGAAUGGUAGCACAAGAGAGCCAAGACCCUCUCGCAUAUUUCGUCCAAAACCCGCCCAAUGAGGUGUUCAACGCGGCCGCCAAACGCAACAUUCAUCGAGUGCAAGCGCGUGCGGUGAACACCUUCAAGAACUGCUACUUUUCGCCGGUUCAGUGCGUGCUGUUGGAGCGUCGUCGUCGCAGUGUUCAAGUCUAA